CCAAUUGGUACAAUUGCUACACCUAGCGAGAAUGUCGAAUAAUUUUACCUACCGGGGAAAGUGUAAUGGAUGAAGCACCCUGUAGUGAAAGAUGUGUGCGUGAAGACGACUUUUGUUGACAUGAGAGGGGUUUUGACAUUUGUUGUCGCUUUGCAAUAAACAACACACUCGGUCCGAUCGAAAUGGCGAACAUUUUGCGAGAAUUAUCCGAUAUUUGUAGAUUUUGCCUGUGCCAAAAUGUGAAACAGAUCAUACCGAUUGCAAAAACAUUGGACAAACUUUUAACAGUCGCAGAUAUUGAACGGUUUACAGGAAUACAGUUGUCCAACAUGUCGCACGCAGUCUGUCUGGAAUGCUUGAACAAAUUGAAAAUGUCAGCCGAAUUUCGAACCUUCUGCAUGAGCAAUGAUUCGCGCUUUCAAAUGCUGCACAGUAUGCUGGUGGAAAGUGCCGAAAAGGAAGCUAUCGAAUGUGCAGAAUCAUCAGAUGAUGAUAUAGAUAUGCUGGAUUUCGACGGUUUGGAUGAAAAUGAUACAAAAAACAGUUGUAACGAAUCGGUAUCUAGCGAAACAUAUAAGGAGGAAAUUUCAUACACAGAAGAGCACAUCAAGUGCAGAUCACAAAACAUGGAAAGAGUCCAUGAUGAAAAAUCAGCAGAGGACUAUUCUGCGAAUUACAUUGAACCAGGUGUGACAUUAGUGUCGGAUGAGGAGGAUAUUGAUCCAAGGGAUUUAAUAUAUACCGCAUUGAAUCCAUCGUAUCCACGUGUUGGCUCGUGUCAGCGUGUAAAAGGGAAACGGAGAUUGCACCUUUGUGAUGCCUGUGGCAAAAUGGUCAUCGACAUUUCCUAUCAUUAUUUCACUCACGCUACUGAAGCCACUUUCGCCUGCCCACAUUGUCCUGCUAUGAUAAAAACAAAAAAUAGUUUAUUGGCACACAUAAAAACUGUGCACUUCAAAAUGAUAACUAAAACGUGCGAAAUAUGCGGCAAGGGCUUCGUUCACCACAAAACGUAUCGAUAUCAUAUGAGUGCACAUAAAAGCGAAGGCGACAGCUACGAAUGUAAACCAUGCUCUAGGACAUUCAAUCACCCAUCCGGAUACCAGCAACAUCUUAAAAGAUUUCAUAGCAUAAGCAAAAAAAUUAAAUAAUUGCUUGAGCAUGAUUGUAGCGGUUGGUGGAAGAAUGCGCUUUUCGGAACUUUACAGAAAGUUGUUCACCGGUAUAUGCGCUUUGGAGAACAGUUCUACCUGAAUUGAGGAUUCAUUUUUCUUCCGCUUUAUUUCUCUUAUCUCGCUGUUCCUACUUUUCCUUUUCUCUUUCUCCCUCUACUAUCGUAUCCUUUGUAUCUCCUAGUUCCUACAAAGAGGUGUUUAAAAAAUGUGUACCAUACGAAUAAAAAGUUAUUCACCCAUUUGUCAAAACUGCUAAAUACUAGCAAUCGUUUAAAAACUUGAUUGGUAUUUUAAAAUUGAACGGUUCUUCCCAAUUAGAGCGGUGUGGACUAAACUAAUGGUUACGCUGUUAGCGACUUCUUCCACAAAAUCCUACUUUUUAAUAUUCAUUUAGAAUGGCCACCUCCUAUUGUUCAUAAAUCCCGACUCCUGUUGGGGUACUACAAUCUCAAAAGGUCAUGCCCUGCCACUAGUGGCUCUCUGACUUUUUUUAUCCCUUAGAUGGAUUGUCAGUCCGACGAAUAAGGGUACGACCCGGAUGGGAUUUGAUCCUUGUUCCUCUCUUUUAGAGAUCAGCACCUCAACCAUCUCAACCAGGCCCUUGGUGGCCAGAAGGAUCCCGACUUCAGAAUGGGCAAUAAAAAAACGUUUGAAACAAUCUAACGGUUGAGUUUUCGUUAUGAAGCACCCUGUAAUGAAAGAUGUGUGCGUGAAGACGAUGUUUGUUGACAUGAGAGGGGUUUUGACAUUUGUUGUCGCUUUGCAAUAAACAACAAAUUCGGUCCGAUCGAAAUGGCGAGCAUUUUGCGCGAAUUAUCGGAUAUUUGUAGAUUUUGCCUGUGCCAAAAUGUGAAACUACUCAUACCGAUUGCAAAAACAUUGGAAAAACUUCUAACAAUUGAAGAUAUUGAACGGUUUACAGGAAUUCAGUUGUCCAACAUGUCGCACGCGGUCUGUCUGGAAUGUAUAAACAAAUUAAAAAUGUCAGCCGAAUUUCGUACCUUCUGCAUGAGCAAUGAUUCGCGCUUUCAAAUGCUGCACAGUAUGCUGGUGGAAAGUGCCGAAAAGGAAGCUAUCGAAUGUGCAGAAUCAUCAGAUGAUGAUAUAGAUAUGCUGGAUUUCGACGGUUUGGAUGAAAAUGAUACAAAAAACAGUUGUAACGAAUCGGUAUCUAGCGGAACAUAUAAGGAGGAAAUUUCAUACACAGAAGAACACAUCAAGUGCAGAUCACAAAACAUGGAAAGAGUCCAUGAUGAAAAAUCAACAGAGGACUAUUCUGCGAAUUACAUUGAACCAGGUGUGACAUUAGUGUCGGAUGAGGAGGAUAUUGAUCCAAGGGAUUUAAUAUAUACCGCAUUGAAUCCAUCAUACCCACGAAUGGAUAUACGUGUGCGUGGAAAGCGGAAAUUACAUCUGUGUAACAUAUGUGGUAUUUUCGUGAAGCACAUGCCAAAACAUAUUAUCAACCAUGAGGACGAUAUCACGGAAGCAUGCCCUCAUUGUCCGGUAAAAAUGAAACAAAAAGCUAACUUGGUGGCACACAUAAAAACUGUGCAUCUUAAAACGAUUGGGAAAACGUGCGAAAUAUGCGGUAAAGGCUUUGUACAUCAUAAAACGUACCGCUAUCACAUGAAAUCUCACCAGGACGAAGGAGGAGUAUUUGAAUGCAAGGCGUGUUCGAAAACAUUUAGUCAUUCGAAUGCCUUAAAGGAUCACUUCAACAGGCUUCACAAUAUUGCGCGAAAACAAAAAUGAGCCGUAUUUUCGAGUUCAACAUUAAGGAAGACUUAGUACGUCGUUGUUCUCAACAUGUUGGCUAUUUUUAUUUUAUUUAUUUGAUAAAGUUUUUCUGAACUGUUUUAUUAUUCUUAUUUUACGACCUCUAGGGCCAUUUCUGGCGUACUAGAUUUAUUUUUACCGCGUAGCCGGAUUGUCAGUCCUUGCUACGGGGGACGGUCCGAACAGUUUUACCGACACCUAAAUUCAAUGUCGUGUGACAACUUCAUUGACUCAUUGUAUAUACGAAUACGCCAUGUGCAAACGCGUAAACUGUGUGCAACACUUAUGCUAGAAAGCAAGACGGAUAUGACGGUAUAGGAUCUGCGACUUUACCUAUUUGUUUCUAUGCUUUCAGCAUGAACACGUGGUACCAAAAUCCAUGCAAUAAAAAAUUGUGAAUUAGACAGCUCUAUCAGUUUAUUAACUAUAGAACAGUCAGAACAGUGAUAGGACUUUGAUCUAUGGCUUGUUAGUAUUAUCAACCGGAUUUUAAAUGUCGCUCGGAUACGAUCGCGGAAGCAUCUGAAAGAUUUUGAUAGUUCUGCAAAUGGAUGAGUCCGUCGAACCCGGUUGUUGUCCGUCCGACCGUUUUAAGCCAACGGAAGAUUAAAUAAAAGUUCAACGAAAGACGGAAGGCAAGCAGGUUAGUUUUUGCAAGAUAGCCAUUAGGAGAUCGGUGUGACCCUCCAAACUGUCGAGAAGUAUUUAACCAAAGUAUGUAGAAGUGCACAUACGAAAGCAUUAGUUCAGACCAGACGCGAUGGAGAACCAAAUAGAGCGAUUGGGCGUUCCAGCACUACUCAAGUGUUUGAAGUCUCUCAAUUCUAGGCCAAUUUGAAGAGAAGAAUAUACUCAAAUAAUUUCGUUGUCAUAACGACUGAAGAUUUGAGGAACUGGAAAAUAUGCCUACUAGCUUCUUUUUUCACCUAUUGAUAAAUUUCUGAUUUCAGAAUAAACGUAAUUCGAUUUGCUAUAAUACCUUUUUUCGUUCUCUCUUACCUUUAUUUCCGAAAUAGUUUCUAUUUUAUAAUACAAAAUCUUUUAACAUAUCAUAUUUUUAUAAUAAAGUUUUAUAAUAUAAAAUAUUUUAUAAUCAAAAUCUCAUCUCAGUGCGCUUGGUGACAUCUGCUGACAUCUAUGUAUUUGACAGUCCUCUUUGUGAUCGUUAUUUACCAACAACUGCAUCCACGGCUCUUCGGGAAGGCGAUCGCAACGCCGGAAAUGUUCCAAGUUUGCCGAUUUUGUUCGUGCCAGGACGAAGCAUUACUGAUUCCAUUAGAGGAUAUAUUGGAUUUUGGUCUCGCCUUUCAAGAUGUAAGCAUAGUCACAGGAAUAGAGAUAAAUGAGGAAAACAUAGCAUCAUACGCCAUGUGUUUGGAAUGUACAACCAAAUUAAAAAGCUCGGUAACUUUCCGAAAUGCCUGCAUAAGCAACGAUUUUCUUUUUCGUAAACUAUGUCCUCAACCGACUACCAGUAUUCAAGAAUCUUGUGCCCAAAAGCCUGAAGCCUUCGAUUUGGCUAGAGCUAGUGUUAAAGAAUCUGGUGCCAAAACGCCUGACGUCUUCGAUUUAGCCGGAGCCAGUGUUGAAGAAUCUGGUGCCAAAACGCCUGACGUCUUCGAUUUGGCCGGAGCCAGUGUUGAAGAAUCUGGUGCCCAAACGCCUAACGCAGACAACAGCUGUGACGAGUCGCAACAUUUUGACCUAAGUGUUUUUGGAACCAUUUUCGUUGAAUCUUUAUACGGAUUCAAUCAAAGUAAUAUCGAAGAAGACGAAUUUUCGUACUCAGCCAAUUUCAUAAAACCGGGAGAAAUAUUGUUUUCUGAGGAUGAGGAUAGCAACCAAUCGAUUGAUUGGGAUCGCUUCAGCCUAAAUCCUCGGCCUCCACCAUCCGUUGCAUACAUACGUGUUAAAGGGAAGCGUAAAUUUCACCUUUGUGACAAAUGUGGCUUAAUGGUUGGACACAUUCCAAGCCAUAUGGACAUGCAUCAAGAAGAAUACAAACACAGUUGCCCAUAUUGUCCACUAAAAGUAAAGAAUAAAGGCAGCAUGAAUUCACAUAUAAAAACUGUUCAUUUGAAAACAGUUAUGAAGACGUGCGAAAUAUGCGGCAAAGGCUUCAUUCACCACAAAACGUAUAGAUAUCAUAUGCUUAAUCAUCAAGAUGCAGGAAAAACCUUCGAAUGCGUAGAUUGUUCGAAAACGUUCACGAAUUCUAUUUACUUGAGGGAUCAUUUUAACAGGAUACAUAAUACUGGCAAACAAGUCAAAAAGAAGGAUACAGGCGAACGAAUUCGUAGGAAACGAAGCAGAUCCGGCGUUCUGGUGCAAACAGUGAAAGAUUGAUUGCAAACAUUUUACUUUGCUACUUUAUAUUCGGCUCUGUUGUACCUUGCUCCAAAGCUUUCUGCUGACUUGGUUGAAAAGUAAGCUAGUCAUUACGAUCCGGUUGUUUUACAUGAGCAAUAAAACUAUGAAUAUUUCGUAUGUUUGUUCAAAUUCAA